AUGAGCCUCCUUCAAGGGACACCAGCCAACCAGACUACGGAAGCUCUGGAGGCCAAAGUGAUUCCCACCGUGUUCCUCACUGUGUGCUUCCUGAUUGGGGUUCCUGGCAAUGUUCUUGUGAUCUGGACCGUCCUUUCCAAAUUCCCCCAGCGCUCCUUCACCAUUGCCCUCAUCCUGAACUUAGCUGUGGCUGACUUAAUGGUAAUGCUGACUGUGCCUUUCUGGACUUACUAUUUCAUCAAAGGUUGGGUUUUUGGGGACUCGAUGUGCCGGUUCCUCAUGUACCUUGUGUAUGUGACAGUCCACACCAGCAUCUUCUCCAUCACGUUAAUCAGCCUCCACCGCUUCGCGGCCGUGGUCCUUCCACUUGCUUCCCAAAGAUGGCGGAAGCCGAGGGAGGUGCAUGUGACCAUGCUAGCCGUUUGGUUGCUAGCAGGGGUUCUCUCCUGCCCGUCCUUGGUAUUCUCAUCCAGAGAGAUGCCUAAAGGAAAAUGCUCGGAUGAAUUUUAUGACACUGAGAACCAGCGCCUUGCGGUGAACAUAGCGGAGACACUGUUUGGCUUUGUGAUCCCUUUUGCCGUGCUGGCAGUCUGCUACACUUACGUGGCGAGGAAGAUUCGGACCCUGAAAAACCACAAGGAAAUGAAAACCGGGAAGCUGAUCGCUGCAGUAGUCGGAGCCUUCUUUGUUUGCUGGCUUCCUUAUCACAUCUUAAACCUCAUCACCAUCUCUGCGUUGCUGUUGAGGCAUGCCAAGCCCAAGGUCAGCCAGGACUUACUUGAGUCCAUUCAAAUGUUAACCAACAUUCAUGGGGCGGUGGCCUUUGUAAGCAGCUGCCUCAACCCUAUCCUCUAUGCCUUUGCAGCACGGAGUUUCCGCGGCGGGCUACGCGAGACUAAUUUUGCAAAACUAUUUGAAAAACUGCGCAACGACACCGAGGAAAAAUGA